AUGUCUAAGCAACGUCUCCGCACUUCUCAACACCUUCGUGCUCCCGUCACUACCACCCCCGUCGUCGCCACCACUCCCCAGCCUGUUCCAGCCACCACCGUCGUCUCCACCACCCAGCCUAUCCCAGCUAUAGUCCACAACACUCGCGCUCGUACUCCUCGCACUGUACCAUCCUUGAUUGCAUCUGAAGGAGAAGGCAGCUCUGACGAAGAUGGUAAUGGAGAAGACGAUAAUGGAUUCGAGAGUGAGGAUUUCGACAUCGAUUAA